AAAAACCACCUGAAUUUUAUAAACAAUGUCCAUUACUCUUUGUAACUGGUGCUAAGAAAUAUGUGCAGUUUUUCCGCAAUGUUGUUAUCGUUAUCGUUAUCAUUUAUAAUUCUUAUUACACUCCAACCGACAGUUUCGAAUAAGUUGCCGUAUCCUGAAGAAUGCAACCAAGCCAGUGAGAAUGUGUACUUGUCUCCCCAACAUUUCAAGCACUAUAAAAAGUGCCCUCAUCAGAUCUGCGAAGAUCAGAAGUAUUAUCCGUGUAUAGAGAUUUGGAAAGAGAUGAAUAAAGUGACUGGUAAUAACCCUAUCAAUUCCCUCUUCGGAGAACUAUUCAAAACUCAAGAGAUGAAUCGUGUGCUCCAUUCAAGAGUAGGGGGUGGUACCAGAAGCAACACCCCGCAGCCUUUAUGCGGUGUCACAAAAACAAGUUUAAGACCCACGGUUAUGAAGAACGUCAAUGGAAUCUGGAGAUAUAUAGUGAACGUCGAUAAAUACAAACAAACUUACACAUCAGAAUACUGCAAUAAUAGGAUAAACAUAAACGUUGGGCACAAUAACAUCGUGUGUAAGCAAAAAACGCAAAGAAUACCUUUAUUAGUAUUUGAAAAUGGCAGAAUCUUCUACGACGAGUUUGAAAUAAAUACAACAUGUGAUUCAUCUUGUGGUCUUAAGUCUUGAGGAUAAAAAACACGUUGAAAAUUGGGCCAAAGUAUUGAAAUAUUGCUCUUCAGUAUGCUAUUACUUUGAUGAGCUGUAAAGGGAUGUAAUACUCGUCAGGAUUAGGAAAAACUUCUCAGGACUAGGAGAGCAGACGGAGGAAGUAUUCAGAGAGAAAGAGAUGGAUGAACGCUGGGAUCGAGUUUACUUCUCUUACUAAGGAAAUCUUCGGUAAUUUUGUUGCGCAUCCAGUGAGCAUCAAGUUGGCGUGCCGAUUGUAGAAUUCUAGAAGUCAAGAGUAGAUUUUGAGAUUUUUCUGAUCAGUAGUGUCAGAAAUGAGA